CGACGACUUUGGUCUUCCACUAAUCUCGUCACUAGUCCUGGCCUUCUCUUCCCCGCUCCUUCCCAAUUCCAUAAUUGAUUAAAACUGGUUCAUCUCCUUGUGAUGUGAACUUCUUCUGAUCGAUUCCCCUGCGACAUGAAGAACAUGAAGCCCCCACUUCUAUUAUUCAUCUCCGUCACCGUCUCCCUCGCAGCACUUGGGGUCUCGGUCACCGUCGACAACGUCGGCGCCUACCAGCCGACCAAUGACAUCGCUGUCAACUGCGGCUUCUCCAGCAACUCCACCGCGGACGACAACCGGACUUGGAUCGGAGACGCCGACGGGAGUUCGAACUACUCUCCAAUUGAGAAGACUCGCUCCUCUGUCAACGCAAGCGCAAACAGCCCGUCUCCCGCUGUCCGCAGCUCCGUCCCAUACUACACCGCUCGCCUCUCUCGCUCCGAGUUCGCCUACACCUUCCACGUCACCGCGGGGCCCAAAUUCGUCCGCCUCCACUUCUUCCCUUCCGAUUACCUGGACUUCCGCCGCGCCGAUUCUUUCUUCUCGGUCGAGGCCCCCGGCUACACCCUGCUCCGCAACUUCAGGGCUAACCUCUUUGCUGAUUACACCAGCUCCGCGAGCUUCUCUAAAGAGUUCUGCUUAACUGUCGGAGACGACCAGAUAUUGAACAUAACGUUCACGCCCACUCCUGGUGGUUCAGACAACUAUGCUUUCGUGAAUGGAAUCGAGGUCGUCUCCAUGCCUGAAAAGCUCUACUACAACACGGUCAUCGACUUAGAAGAGGGAAUCAAGUUGGCAGGUCAGGAGGCGCCAUACACCUUCAGGGCAGGUCAGGGGGGGCUAUACCCUUUCGCUGCCACCGAUGCGCUCGAAGCGGUGAAGCGCUUGAACGUCGGAGGACAGUUUAUCGGUCCAGCCAGUGAUACGGGAAUGUACAGGACCUGGGACGCAGAUCACGACUACGUAACUUCUUCGUACAUCGAAGUUUUACCAGUUAACACGACUAUCCAACUCAUUUACAGUGACCAAGUGCCGAAUUACACGGCUCCGGACAGCGUGUACAUGACGGCGAGGACUAUGGGAAUGAACAGGAGCAUCAAUCUGAGCUCCAAGCUCACGUGGUCCGUCGAGGUGGACGCAAAGUUCUACUACUUGGUCCGGUUGCACUUCUGCGAGUUCCAGAUAGAGGGAAAUAACCCCUUAGAUAGGCUUUUCGAGAUCUUCAUAAAUUCGCAACUGGUCGAGAAUCGCGCGGAUGUCAUUAGCUGGAGCGGGAAGGGCAUGCCCGUCUAUAGAGAUUAUGCAGUAUACAUGGACGGCGGCGGUGGCCACAAGAAAAGAACCAACCUCUCCGUCACGCUGGAGGCGCUUCCGAUAGAUGAUACUGUUUAUUCUGAUGCCAUCUUGAAUGGCCUCGAGAUAUUCAAGAUCAACAAUCUAGGUGGGAAUCUCGCUGGAUUGAACCCAGAUCUAGUCCCAUAUAAUCAGCCGGUGCUUCCGCCGGAGAGCAAAGCGUCGUCGUCGAACCACGGCAAGACAGCGAAGAUCGCCAUCAUUGCCAGCGUAGCUUCGAGCUUCGCCGUGCUCUCUCUCCUGGCUUUCUUCCUUUACCGGCGACGAAACGGAGCCAAGGAUUCGGCCUUGAGCGACCCCACCUCAUGGUGGGGCCCUGUCUCCUACGAGAUGACUAAGUCGAUGAAGACCCAGGGGUCGUCCCUGCCGUCGGACCUGUGCCGCCACUUCUCGCUGGCCGAGAUAAGAGCCGCCACGAACAACUUCGACGAGGUGUUUAUCAUUGGCGUGGGCGGGUUCGGCAACGUGUACAAGGGCUACGUCGAUGGCGGGGCCACCCAAGUGGCGAUCAAGCGCUUGAACCCGCGGUCGCAGCAGGGCCUCCACGAGUUCAUGACCGAGAUCGAGAUGCUCUCGCAGCUCCGGCACCUCCACCUGGUCUCCCUGAUCGGGUUCUGCAACGAUGCGGGAGAGAUGAUCCUGGUCUACGACUACAUGGCACGCGGGACCCUCCGCGACCAUCUCUACAACACAGACAAUCCUCCACUGCCCUGGAAGCAGCGGCUCGAGAUCUGCACGGGCGCCGCCCGUGGGCUGCACUACCUCCACACCGGUGCUAAGCACACCAUCAUACACCGCGACAUGAAGACCACCAACAUCCUGCUCAACGAGAAGUGGGUCGCCAAGGUGUCGGACUUCGGGCUCUCGAGGGUCGGGCCCACGUCUGUGUCCAAAGCCCACGUCAGCACGGUCGUGAAGGGCACCUUCGGGUACAUGGACCCGGAGUACUACAGGCGCCAGCAGCUGACUAACAAGUCCGACGUUUACUCCUUCGGGGUGGUGCUGUUUGAGGUGUUGUGCGCGAGGCCGGCGGUGAACCGGAUGGCCCAGAUGGAGCAGAUCAGCCUGGCCAACUGGGCCCAGAGCUGUUGCAAGAGCGGGGCCGUCGACAAGAUGGUGGACCCGCACCUGAAGGGGGCGAUCGCCCAUGAGUGCCUCAAUAAAUUCUGCGAGAUCGCCAUGAGCUGCUUGCAGGACGAGGGAAUCAAGCGGCCCUCCAUGAACGACGUUGUGUUGGGCCUCGAGUUCGCCCUGCAGCUACAGGUGAGCUCGGAGAAGGAGGUGAUAACAGAUGAUGUAGGUGACUCUGUGCAUGACGGCGAUGACAGCGACGAUGACGAGGCUCCGAUUGGAGGCCACCGGAUGGACCGCAGCGAUGAGCUGUUCAGUGCUAGCCAUAGUGGAAGUGGGAAGAGCAGAGGAAGGCCCGCCGUGACACCGACUAGCAGUUAUGAUGUUUAUGACGAGAGCAUGACUAGUUAUGAUUCGGACAAGCUGCCGUCUGGGGCUGUCUUCUCGGAGAUUAUGAAUCCCAAAGCUCGUUGAGAGAAUGGCAUUCAAGUGAUUUCCAGUGUUGUAGUCCUGUAAUCACGCUUGCAGCGAGACAAGUCCACCUACGAGUGUUCUCCAUUCUAGGAGAAUCGUCACUCCAAGAAUUACCGUUCAACCGACAGAAACGGCGGUCUAUCGGCCGAGGGAUCUUCCCACUUC